AUGACAAACCAAACAACCACCAAAAAGAACAUCCGCCCCCUAUCGCGGUACAUAACCACCCACUCCCCCACCAACCAGGCCAUCUUCUCCCGCACCCUCCCCACCGCCAUGCCCGUGCAAGAAAUCUCCGACUCCGCCAACGCGCACUUCUCCCUCGUCUACACAACCGACACCUUCCCCGCGAACCUGUCGUCCGACGCCGACAUCCCCGCCUACGCAUCCUACCUGACCAACCCGCCCGGCAUCACCAUCUCGACCGGCUCCGUCUGCCGCAUCGUGGAUAUCCCGCCCCACGCGACCAGUCCUAUGCAUCGCACCGUGUCGAUUGAUUAUGGGGUUGUGUUGGAGGGGGAGGUCGAGUUGGUGUUGGAUUCGGGGGAGAGUAGGGUCUUGGGCAGGGGGGAUGUCGCGGUGCAGCGGGGGACGAAUCAUGCUUGGAGGAAUUGGGCGAGGAUGUUGUAUGUGCUUUUGCCGGCUGUGGGGGUCGAUCUUGGGGAGGAUUUGGGCGGGAUUGGGGUUAGGGAUAGAAGUGAAAUUGGAAUGGGAGUGCGGCUUUGCAUAUAA